UUUUUUAAAUAAUCGAAGUUAAUUAUUCGUAUACAUGUGUGUAGAUGCGUAGAAUGAAAUCUACAGCACGUCGUCAGAAGACGGUUGCAGCUAGUUCUUCUAGCAGCGAGGAGGACGUAUCCUUAGGUGCUGAUCACGGCGAGGAAUCUACGCCAACUUGUGAUGCUGCCUCUUCUAGCGCGGUUUCACAGCGCAGAAGCGGUGUGCCUUCACAGCGGGGUCAAUUCACCCGCAAGUACCAGGCACAAUGGAAGGAUGACCUCUCAAUGUUUACAAACAUUGAGGCUGCAAGGACUAUAACAUUGGCGUUUAAAUCGUCGAUGGAGAUUCCAUUGUUUCAAUGGAGCCAGGUUUCCAAACAUCCUGAGUGGAAACCUAAUAUCGAUGCAUGGUUUAAGCGAUUUCAGGUCGGUGUUAAUUUUUAAUUUCCAGCUUAUUUUUAAUAAAU